ACGGUUGCUCUAUCUUGGGCGGAUUGAUGGCAUGAUGCUGUUUCGACGAUCCGCCCAUAAAUAUGCCACCAAGAUGAACACCGAGUCUCGCAGAUCGCUCAUGCGACGUGCCCUAUUCGCAGAGUGUUUUGAAGGACUCGAACAGAUCUUGAUCAUGGGGAAAGCGGCGAUCCACCUUGCCCCACGCGAUCUGCCAUGAGCACCAUGUGGGGGGGGGUGUUGGGCAAUCGGAGGCCGAGGAAGGGAAGGGAAUAUGAGCGGGACGGUCCUCCAGCCGCAUCAGCCCGCCUCGCCCGGAGCUUUGCGGCUCUGCUUGGCCACACCAGCACUCAUCGUUCCUGUGGAGCAACACCCGCUGUCGAACCAGCCCGCUGCCAUGUUGCGUCGCUCGCCACCUCCCGCAGAAGCCGCCACCGGUGCGUAUUUCUAUUUCUCCAUCUUGGCCUUGGACGCACUUGCCGUUGCUCUUCGUGCAAGCCCCUCCCGCGUCCUCGAUCGCUAUGGAGUAUUCGCCAUAUAUCAGCGAUGAUGAACCCGGCAUCGGAGCCGAGGAAUACCUUGAUAGAGACUAUGAGGCUGAAUUCCUGUCCAUGUCCGGCGAGACCCCGCUCCCGUAUGCUGCCUCCGAGACCAGCGAGCCUGCAACGUCGGCCUUGGGCAGAGCCGGUGGCCUCGUCCAGGUGCUCUGCAACCCGGGCUUCGAAAGUACUGUUCGAGAGGGCAUCCUCGGCCGUCUUGACCUGGUCUCCCUCUCCCGACUCUCCCGACUCUCGAAGGCUCUGCACUUGCUCUUUGAGGCCACCGACAGGUCGCCCUGGAUUCCGGCUCUGUGUCGCUCGAUGGCCCUCGCGCCCGGCUGUCUCCGCGGCCUCGGGCUUCCAGUCUCCACCGAGGUGGAGAUACUCAAGGGCCUCGUUUGCUUCUUGAGUCGGCAGCGGGACCAGGACGGCUAUCCGUAUCCGCCCUCCCUGGCCGCACACCAGACCGAGCUCAAGAUGUGGGAUGCUCUAUGCUUGAACAACGCCAUGCGGCUCCGAGUCCAGAGAAUUUGCAAGGAGAAGAACGCCAUGCCGAGCCGAUUCGCAAGUGCGUCCUUGAACCUUCCCAGUCUUGCCUCGCUCGAGGCUCGACCAAAAACUACAUUCUCGUUCCUCGACAGCGCCCGCCUGCUCGACGAUAUAGGCCCCGAAAGACCCGUCACCCUGCUUAUCGUCCGUCCCAAGCGCCACCCGCUCUUUAUCCAGUCGCAGCUGCUCCGCCUGCUGCCCUUUGAGCGAUUCCUCCUCGAGAACGAUCUAGUCCAGAGCAUUUCGUUGGGCAACUGCACGUUCUCGUCCAUUGUCGGAUGGCCACGACGCAUGAGUCGGGUCCUAACCCUCAGCGCCAUCACAAACGACUCGCAGGGCCAUGUGUGGGACUGGGGCGACUUUCCCUCCAUGCCGGCUCUCGAGGUCCUCAAGCUUCCAGAGUGUGUCGAGUCGUUCGUUGGAUUUCCGGCAUCCAUGAGACAACUCAAGCGCCUCCACACCGAUCACUGCGCUCGAGUGACAUCCCUUAUGGGGCUGCCUGCAAGCUUCUGGUGCCUGGAAACCUUCAAUAUUCCCCCCAACGUCACGAAUCUCUUUGGAUUUCCGCCUAACGUUCCUCUACUCACGAGCCUGCUGAUGCGACACGUCAAACAGCUCACCAAUCUGCAAGGUCUUCCGAUAAUGAUGGGAUCUCUCGAGAAGAUCACGCUGCCAUCCUCUCUGACAAGCAUGGGCGGGUUUCCCGGAAUCACAAACUGGAUCCAGUGCCUGGACAUGUCCGUGUGCACCGAGAUGCACGACAUGAGCGGCUGGCCGCGAACCUUCAGCGGGCGGAUCUCCAAAUUGAUAUUCCCCCCAGGGCUCAAGAAUCUGCACGGGUUCCCGCCCGUUGUGAGCAACAUCGAGUGCUUUGGGUUCCUCAAGUGCACCAAAAUCAAGUCAUUCCGGAACUUCCCAAAACAGCUCUCGGACCUGAAGAGAUUGGAGCUUCCGCCGUCCAUAACGCCGAAAUUGCUAAACUGCAUUUCGUUCUCGGGGCUUCCUGAGCUGGAAACGAUCGCAGUCGACGCGAAAACGGCGACGAAUGAAUACGUCCAGGGAGUCAUCGAUGCGGUGCGCCAGUUCCAUCCUGGACUCAUCGUCAUCUACCAGGAGUAGCUACUGUCCGUUUGGCCCUUCGCGCGGUGGUCAGUGCAGUCAGUGCAGUCAGUGCAGUCAGUGCAGUCAGUGCAGUCAGUGAAAUCAGUGAGAUCAAUGAGAUCAGUGCAGUCAGUGAGUACAUUAGCUCCUUCAGUAAUUCGUCCAUUAGUUCAUGCAGAGUUGGUGCAGUCGCUCCUCGGUGUUGUUCACCACAUUAGUAGCCUGCGGGGAAAGUCGCAGGAGCGUCAUUCAAGACCUUGACGAGUCUGACUGCACAGCAGCUUGAAAAAUGUGUGGACAGCGCCGGUAUUGCUUUGAUAUGGAAGUGCAUUUCAUGUUCUCGAUAUUGCGCCCCAAAGCCAAG